AUGAAUGCACCUGGUCAACAAUUAAAGUUACCAAUCCCUAGACUUUCGAAUACCUCUUUACAUUCGACUAAUUGGCCAACAAAUUCUCAACUUUCAACCAACUUGAACCCCGUCAUUUGCCAACCAAUGUUGACACCUUCUAUCGGUAAGCCAAUGCCAAACAAACGUGGUCGUAAGCCCCUGUCAAAAAUGCCCGAGACCAAAAAACAUAUUCAAAAUUUGACAAAUCAAAGGGCAUUUCGUCGAAGAAAGGAAGAUUAUGUUCGCACUUUGGAAACUAAAGCUACGACUUAUGAAAUCUUAUAUACCGAAGCGCAAAGUCAUAUCAAAUCAUUACGGGAAAGAUUGGCUUUACUCCAGAGAAGACUUGAUAAAACUCAAGAAAGUAAUAAAUGUGAUGCGUCCAUAUUUAGCCAGUCUAUUGAAGAAACUCAACAAAUGUGUGAAAGUAAUUCCUAUCGGUCAAAUGAAAGGCAAAGUAAUGAAGAAAUUCCUAUCGACGUUGAAAUGAGCGAUGGCACGUAUGGAGGCAAUCAAGAUGAAUCAAUUGAAGACAUAAUCAGGGAUCCUUUAUUUUGUGAUACCAAAGAAGGGGACCUUUGCUUUUGUGAGCCCGUUUCGAUUGAAGAUUUAACAAAAGAUCCAUCACAAUUAUCGUCAAGUAAUGAUUCAUUCGGUAGUUAUUAUUUGGAUCAUAAAGCAAGGAAACGGUUGUGGAUUAUCCCAAGCGGAGCGGUGUCACAAUGUGCAACUCCGACGACGCCCUCUCAAACAAUAUUUUCAAAUUUCACCACUUGUAAUGAUUCUCAACCUUCACGCGAAAAUUGCCCAACGAUUUCCUCACCGGAACGAUCCGAUUCUCAAUGGCAAUUGCAAGAAAAUGACGAACAAUGCAAUUUUUCUUCUCCACCGCUUUCACCUUCUACAACACCUUCGACUUCUAAUUUCACACAACCUCAACAUCAUCCAUUAAAUUUGAAAUGGAUUUUGGGAGAUAAUAAUAACGAUGAAAAUGGUGAUGAUUCCGAAUAA